GAGUUCAGCCCCGGCAGCGGCAGGGGUGACUCGCUAGCAAUAGAUGCCGGGCGCCAAGAUUUGCAUCCUUAAGCCGCGCUGAACGCCAGAAGAAGAGAGAAGGAAGCAGAGAAGCCCCGGGAAGGCGGGGACGGGAGGUGCGGAAAUCCCCGCCUAAAAGGCAGAAGCCGUCGCCCCCACCAGAGAGCUCCGCGCCGGCUGCUCGCCUGCUUGCUGCCGCUGCCACGAGCGCCCGCCUCUCCCCAGCCAUGCCAGGCCCGGCCGCCGACGAGGGGAAGGUCCCCUUCCGCACCGCCAAGGAGGAAAUCCGUGUGGGCUUCGGGGUCGAGGGCUCGGAGGGCGGCGGCGGCGGCCGGGAGAAGCCCGGCGCGCGCGGGCGGCGGCAGGACAUCGUCUGGAGGAACGUCUUCCUGAUGAGCCUGCUCCACUUGGGGGCCGUGUACUCCCUGGCGCUCAUCCCCAAAGCCCAGCCGCUCACUCUGCUCUGGGCAUCUGCAGUGCUGGGAACGGAUGUGACCAUGACCCCCGGGGCCUCCUUGUCUACUUUCACGGCAGUGCCCUUCCCUCCACCCACUCCUGGCGCCCAGCACCGGCCACCCUGGCAGCAGCACCUGCCACGUCCCAUCACGCCAGCAUUCCCUCCUGGCAGCAGCCUGCUGUUGCCAGCUUUCCCCAGGACGCCUUUGGUGGCUAAUGGUGGCCGUGGCCCCAGUGCCCCUGGGGCUUGCAACCUCACUGUCCAAGUCAGGUCACAAGGGAGGACAGUGGAGGUCCCCCAGACUCAGACCUCUGUCGUUACUCAGGCCCCCCUCAACUGGAGCGCUCCAGGGGCCCUCAGCAGGAGUGCUUCAUGUCCUGCACCCGUAUUCUUAGCAACCCCUGUGAUGGGGACCGUUGUGACUGCUUCAGCUGUUGGAGUUAGUCAGGCUGGCAAGGGAGGCUGGACCCCAGGCUUUCCUCCUCAAGCUCCACCACCAGCUGCCCAGCUGGCCCCUAUCAUUUCCCCAGUGAACUCUGGGCCAGGGUCACAUGGCACUUCCAGGGAGGGCCGCCUGGCCACCAACCAGUCCAACACCUCGCAGGAUGGCUCCUCUAACACCAAGAGCGAGUACAGUAACUUCCUACGUUGGCAGCACGUCAAGCCCCUGGCCCGGAGACACUUUCACCUGAGUCCUGAUGCAGAAGCUUUUUCCUGCUUUCUCAUCCCAGUGCUUCGAUCCCUGGCCCACCUGAAUCCCACCAUGCCGCUGGAGGAGGGACUGUGGAGGGCCGUGCAGGAAUGGCGGCGCAGGAGCAACCUUGACCGGAUGAUCUACUACGAGACGGCGCAAAAGUUCAUGGAAUUUGCGGCCGAGGAGGAGAUGCACAUUCAGCAUUUGCAGGGGAUGCAGUGCGCGCAGGACCUGCCUCCUCCAGCCCCACCGAAGCUGGAUCCUCGGGGGCCCCCAGCCCCGAAAGUGCGCCUUCAGCCAGGUGCCCAGGUUCCCACUGGAGCUGAAGGCACAGCCUGUGCUCCCAGGAUGUCCGGCCCCAGGGCCCAGCCCUCGCACCCGAAGCCACAGAGAUCCCAGCGGACCCCGGAGCCCAAGGCGCCCAAGGAGAUUCCCCCUGAGGCUGUGAGGGAGGAUGUGGACAGGAUGGAGGCGCUGGUGGGGCCCGUCCACUCAGCCACAGGCAAGUCAGCCACAGGCAAUUCAGAUGCAGAAUGUGGAAAGGCCGGAAAUGAGCUGAAGCAGGAAGAGGACGACACCUACUUGGACCCGUGUCUCUUGAGCUACAUUGACGAGCUGCGUUCCCAGGAAGACUCUGUCACCAAGGUGGAGGCAGUCAUUCCCCCUCGAUUCCCGGCAGAAUUGUCUUCCCCAGACCCACAGCUGGAUGUCUCGGCCCUUGCUGAGGAGCUGAAGCAGGAGGAAGGACUCACCCCUGAAGAAGAUGGCUCCUCUAACACCAAGAGCGAGUACAGUAACUUCCUACGUUGGCAGCACAUCAAGCCCCUGGCCCGGAGACACUUUCACCUGAGUCCUGAUGCAGAAGCUUUUUCCUGCUUUCUCAUCCCAGUGCUUCGAUCCCUGGCCCACCUGAAUCCCACCAUGCCGCUGGAGGAGGGACUGUGGAGGGCCGUGCAGGAAUGGCGGCGCAGGAGCAACCUUGACCGGAUGAUCUACUACGAGACGGCGCAAAAGUUCAUGGAAUUUGCGGCCGAGGAGGAGAUGCACAUUCAGCAUUUGCAGGGGAUGCAGUGCGCGCAGGACCUGCCUCCUCCAGCCCCACCGAAGCUGGAUCCUCGGGGGCCCCCAGCCCCGAAAGUGCGCCUUCAGCCAGGCGCCCAGGUUCCCACUGGAGCUGAAGGCACAGCCUGUGCUCCCAGGAUGUCCGGCCCCAGGGCCCAGCCCUCGCACCCGAAGCCACAGAGAUCCCAGCGGACCCCGGAGCCCAAGGCGCCCAAGGAGAUUCCCCCUGAGGCUGUGAGGGAGGAUGUGGACAGGAUGGAGGCGCUGGUAGGGCCCGUCCACUCAGCCACAGGCAAGUCAGCCACAGGCAAUUCAGAUGCAGAAUAUGGAAAGGCCGGAAAUGAGCUGAAGCAGGAAGAGGAUGACACCUACUUGGACCCGUGUCUCUUGAGCUACAUUGACGAGCUGCGUUCCCAGGAAGACUCUGUCACCAAGGUGGAGGCAGUCAUUCCCCCUCGAUUCCCGGCAGAAUUGUCUUCCCCAGACCCACAGCUGGAUGUCUCGGCCCUUGCUGAGGAGCUGAAGCAGGAGGAAGGACUCACCCCUGAAGAACUGGUGCAGAAACGACUCCUGGCCUUGAAAGAGGACGAGGGUGGGCCGGCAGCCCCGAGCCACAGUGCACCCGGAAUGGGCUCAAGUCCUUCUGAGUCCCACGUUGGCCAAGGUGCCCAGAGCCACGGCCAAGGCCGCCAUCGAGGGGUCAGUGAUGCAGCCUGCCCACCAGAGAUUGAUUUUGAGGCUCUUCAUAGGCCCAUCCGAGCAGACACUGGCCCGUUCGGGCCCAAAGUCUUUGUUCCCUCUCGAGGACGUCAGGAGGUCUCUCCAUCCAGGGCCGGGCGGCCCUCCCUUCCCCAGGGUCAAAGGCGCACUGGCCCUCGAGUGGGACCCAGGGAUGCCUCUGUUCUCAGAGAGGCGUCUCCUGUUCGGGAGGCCCGAGGGCCCAGGGACGCGGCCAGUGAGGACGAGGAGGCGCUCCCCAGCCUGGCCUCCCUCUUUGCCUCUCCGCAGAGCCUGCCGCCUUUCCGGCUGUCCCAGACUCCUGCCCCUGCCUCAGGCCUGGCCUCCCCUGGAGGUUGGGGGGCCCAGAGUGCUCCCCAGGCCCCCUCCCCUCAGAGAAGGGGCCCCAGCCCAGCUCCACCAGCCGCUCCCAAGUCGAGGAAGCGGGCUCUGUGUGGGCGCCCAGCCGCUGCUGAGAAGCUGCCCAUCCCCGGGGCUGCCCACGGGGUCUCUGCGAGGCCAGCCUUGGCUCUGGGGCUGGCUCGCCCCUCACAGCCGAGAAAGAGAAAGCGUGACCCGUUUGUCACAGGGAAGAAGAGGAACAGGAAGAAGAAGCGCUGCAGCCAGUAGGGAACAUCCGGGCCGGCCCUCCAGGGCGAGCCCCCAGGGCGGCCCCCAGGGGAGCCUAGGGGCUCCUCCUCACCCCAGAGCUGAUCCUGGGAUU